ACGACUUGUUACGAAGAUGCUGCUCAUGUUGAAUUCUGUGAUUAAAAUUGAUGGUGAAGGAAACCCUGCGGUGCCUUCCUCCGUCCUAGAAGUUCGCAACCUUGCAGUUCUAACGGAAAAUUCCGUCAUUACUUCUAAUGCGAACUUGGGUGUAUAUGGUCAAGGAAUGUUGACGCUCACUGGUCCUGGGGAUGCAAUUAAAGGCCAGAGGCUUUCCUUAUCUCAGUUUUACAACAUAACUGUUGGACCAGGUUCAGUACUUCAAGCACCACUUGAUGAUUACGAAAGCAAAAACGCGUGAGGUUACUCGGACCCUUUGUGAGAGCAAGACAUGCCCAAUAGACUUGAUUAGUCCACCGGAUGAUUGCCAUGUCAAUUACACACUAUCGUUUUCCCUUCAG